GACGGAGCCGGCGUGACAGGCGGCCCGCCGGGCCCACAGGGCGACGGGCAGCCGGGCGCUGCGCCGGCAGCUUCCCGCGGGCUCAGAUAAGCCAUUGGUACAAAUUGAAACCAUGGAGUCCAUGCUGAACAAGCUGAAGAGCACUGUCACAAAGGUGACAGCUGAUGUCACCAGUGCAGUCAUGGGAAAUCCCGUCACCAGGGAAUUUGAUGUCGGGCGACAUAUUGCCAGUGGAGGUAAUGGUCUUGCUUGGAAGAUAUUUAAUGGAACUAAAAAAUCAACAAAGCAGGAAGUGGCUGUUUUUGUCUUUGAUAAGAAGCUAAUAGACAAGUACCAAAAAUUUGAAAAAGAUCAGAUUAUUGAUUCCUUAAAACGAGGUGUUCAACAGCUAACUAGGCUUCGACACCCUAGACUACUUACUGUUCAACAUCCAUUAGAAGAGUCCAGGGAUUGCUUGGCAUUUUGUACAGAACCAGUCUGUGCAAGUUUAGCUAAUGUUCUUGGCAGCUGGGACAACCUACCUUCUCCUUUACCAUCAGACAUUAAAGAAUACAAACUUUAUGACGUGGAGACCAAAUAUGGUUUGCUUCAGGUUUCUGAAGGUUUGUCAUUUUUGCAUAGCAGUGUCAAAAUGGUCCAUGGAAAUAUUACUCCUGAAAAUAUAAUCUUGAAUAAGAGUGGAGCAUGGAAAAUUAUGGGCUUUGAUUUUUGUAUCCAAUCAACAAAUCCAUCUGAACAGGAGCCAAAGUUCCCUUGUAAGGAAUGGGAUCCAAACUUGCCAUCCUUGUGUCUUCCAAAUCCUGAGUAUCUGGCACCAGAAUAUAUACUCUCUGUGAGCUGUGAGACAGCCAGUGAUAUGUACUCUCUAGGAGCUGUUAUGUAUGCAGUGUUUAAUAAAGGGAAACCAAUUUUUGAAGUCAAUAAACAAGAUAUUUAUAAAAGCUUUAGUAGACAGCUGGACCAGCUGAGCCGUUUAAGCUCCAGUACUCUUGAGAACAUACCUGAGGAGGUGCGUGAGCAUGUAAAGCUACUCCUAAACGUAGCUCCAGCAGUCAGACCAGAUGCAGAUCAAAUGACUAAGAUACCAUUCUUCGAUGAUGUAGGAGCAAUGACGCUUCAGUAUUUUGAUUCAUUAUUUCAAAGGGAUAACCUGCAGAAAUCACAGUUUUUUAAAGGACUACCAAAAGUUUUGCCAAAACUACCUAAGCGUGUUAUAAUUCAGCGAAUUUUGCCUUGCUUGACUUCUGAAUUUGUGAAUCCGGAUAUGGUACCCUUUGUCUUGCCUAAUGUUCUCUUAAUUGCUGAGGAGUGCACCAAAGAAGAAUAUAUCAAGCUCAUUCUACCUGAUCUUGGUCCUGUUUUUAAGCAGCAAGAACCAAUCCAGAUACUGUUAAUCUUCCUGCAAAAAAUGGACUUGCUGCUAACCAAAACUCCACCAGAUGAAAUAAAGAACAGUGUUCUACCGAUGGUUUAUAGAGCCUUGGAAGCACCUUCAAUUCAGAUCCAGGAGCUUUGCCUAAACAUAAUUCCCACGUUUGCCAAUUUAAUAGAUUACCCAUCAAUGAAAAAUUCAUUAAUUCCAAGAAUUAAAAAUGCAUGUUUGCAAACUUCUUCCCUUGCUGUCCGGGUAAAUUCACUAGUGUGUUUGGGCAAGAUUUUGGAGUACUUGGAUAAAUGGUUUGUGCUUGAUGAUAUUUUACCUUUUCUACAACAAAUUCCAUCAAAGGAACCUGCGGUGCUCAUGGGAAUUUUAGGUAUUUACAAAUGUACAUUUACUCACAAGAAGCUGGGAAUUACCAAAGAACAGCUUGCAGGAAAAGUAUUACCCCAUCUGAUUCCUCUUAGUAUUGAGAACAAUCUUAAUCUCAAUCAGUUCAAUUCUUUUAUUUGUGUUAUAAGAGAUAUGCUCAAUAGAUUGGAAGCAGAGCAUAAAACAAAACUUGAGCAACUUCAUGUCAUGCAAGAGCAACAGAAAUCCUUGGACAUAGCCAACCAAAUGAGUGGGGCAGAAGAGGCAAGAUCUAGUGGUACAGGCAAUCAGCUUGACAAGGUAUUCAAUAACGGAACUGACCUUCUAACUAGUGGAUCUGAUAGUAAAGAGAAUGAGAUGUCAUCAAUACAGAGAAAGGCCUCACUUACACUGGAAGAGAAGCAAAAGUUAGCUAAAGAACAAGAACAGGCACAGAAACUGAAAAGCCAGCAACCUCUUAAGCCCCAAGCAACUACAAUAACACCUCCAGUGAAGCAGACAAAAGAUUUGACAGAUACCUUGAUAGAUAAUAUGUCAUCUUUGACCAGCCGUCCUAUCAACCAAGCUCAAGUUGCAUCUUCAAACAGCUUCUCUUCUGUUCCUUCUAUGGGUGUUGGAAUGGGAUUUUCAUCGCCCAUUGACAACACAAAGAGAAAUAUGACAAACGGACUGAAUACAAAUAUGGGGUUUCAGACUGCUGGAUUCACCAUGGGAGCAGGUCUCGCUACUCAGAAUUUCUUCAGUGGUCCAAAUGCAGCAGGAGCAACCAAGAUGAACAUGGUACCAUCUGCCAAUAUGCCAAAUUACAGUCCUAUGAAUGCUGCAUCUGCAAUCUCUCCCCUGACACAACAAAACAGACCCCCAGAUAUGUCUGCUUUAGAUAAUCUUUUUGGUCCUCAAAAACCCAAAGUUAGCAUGAAGCAGUUGGCUCAACAGAAAUCAAGCCAGUGGGUUAAUCAGUUUGUGCCACCACCAGGGUCCCCGAAUGCGAGCAAUACAGCCUUGGGACCUCAGAUGAACAUGAUAGCACAGCCAGGCUUUGGUAUACAGGGUAAUCCUUUCUUUUCUCCUCAGAACUUCGCACAACCAGCAAACACAAUAACAAACAGCAGCUCAGCUAGCAAUGACUUAAAAGAUCUUUUUGGGUAAAGUGUUUUGUUUUCUUCCUUCAAAGAUUGAUGAAAUUUGGAUCAUGGGUAAGCUGAUUAACAUCUUGUUUUGAUUAAUAAAAUAUAACUUGGGGAAACUUUCAACACAGCAAAGUAAAGACUCUUGGGCAGGAAAAAAGGCUGAUGUUUCAUUCACCUGGUACUGCAGUGGAAUUGUGUAAGUGCAAAGUCAUCUUACAUGCUAAAGAUUUCCUAUCUCUUUACCAACAUGAGAGUGCUGAAGGUAGGAUUUGUAUAUUCAUCUGAAAAAGAAUUUAUUCAGAGGUGAAUUCAGUCAAGUCCAAUGAAAUUCCCUACAAAAUUUUGUUUAAGUUCAGCAAAAAUGUUUAGGGGAUAAUGCUGCUAUUGGAUGCAAACCUGGAGAAUUACUCAUGUUACCUGAAUUUUCACAAGCUGUCAUUUUGUCCUAUGACAGUUUGCAAAAAGAAAAUUCUUACGCUAGCCUAAAAAUUUUGAUAGCUAAAUUAUACAGAGAGCACUCUAACCAAUAACUGUGGGUGAGACAAAGAGGGGAGCAUAUUUUGACUUCCUUCUCUCAUGUAAGCUAAUGUAAUGAAUGUGGUAGUAAACUAUAACAAGAUUUAUCAGGCAUAAGAAAUUGUUCUAAAAUUUGAUUCAAGGUUGGGACAGAGUAAGAACACUGCUUCAAAGGUCAUGCUGGUUUACAAUCUCUUUUAUAAUGCCAGAUCCUUGUUACAAGCCCCAUAGCAAAAGCAACAUACCACUUCAGCAGGAUUUUAAAAUACAUGUGGUGAUUUCAUCACAUUGACUGUAUAUUCCAUUGUUUUGGCUUGAUACCAUGAUACUGCUUCUAACUGAUGUGAAAAAAACCCUGUAGUUGUGAAACCUCAAAAAAUGAAUGUAAAUGUAAAAUUCACAUGCUGACUGCCCCAACUAUGUAACUAAACACGUUACAUAGUUACACAGAAAUAUCUUGAAUUAAUUAAUAAUAUUUGGCUCGAGACAAAAAAGGAUCGCCUUAUACAAUUUGCGCAGGGUUUUCUGAAAAAGCAGACUGCCAUAAAUUGCCUUGACUGGAGUGAACUAUUUCAUUUUACUUUUUGUUUAAAUCAAGUCCUCAUGAAGGAUAGAUUGACAUGAAGUGAUUUCUCAGAUAUGGAUUUGUAAGUUCUAGAGUAUGAUAAAUACACAGGUAUUUCAGAUCCUUUUUAUUGUAAUAUUCUAAAUUCAAUAAAGGUCUCCAGAAAUCCAGAUAGUAGUUUCUUCUACUUUCAGGUGUAUGUUCAGCUUGCCCAUGGUGGACUCUCUGCUCUGCCAGAUACUACUGUUGAGUUUUAACGUUUUUUUUCCCUAAGAGUUUCAAGAGCUUUCUUACCUAAUAUUUUGAAGACUAUAAAUGGUUAUUUUGAGAAGGAAAGAACUAGUUACCUUUUUUAUGGAAAGCCUACCUGCUUUAUUUUUCCAAGCCUUUCACUGAAAAAACACUUUUGUUUGCUGCUUAAGAAACCAAAGGGCCUUAUGCUGUAAAUAUGACUUGUAUUUUGUUAUACUUCCACAGUUCCAAGCCGUGAUAGCAUCAAGCAUAUUUCUUAAAGAAUUCUUUAUGUAUUAUAGCUGCUGCAUUAGUCCUAUUAUUUUAAAAUACCUGGGACCAAUAAAUUUGUGGUCUGAAAAACAGUACCUGGAAAACAUUGUGAUGCUUACAUGCUGUUAAUAUUCAUGGUAAACAUUGUAGGUUAUGUUAAAAUAUCCAUGUAAAUUUAAGUACAAUACUAGAACUGUUGAACUAUUUAAGUUCAUUUACGGUUGCUGGCACUCUACACACUCAGUCACACUCAUGUCUUCUUUUAUGUCAGCCCUUCAAAGCUGUGUUUUGUUAGGGUAACCUAAGGGAAGCCUCUGAAGAAUUACUUGAAUCUGCAUUCCUCUAAAUCAUUUGGAAAAUAAGUUUAUAUUAAAAACAUCUAAUAGGA